AUGCCUCUAACCCCCACGUUGUUCAAGGGUCGACUGUACAUCUCAGGCUGUGUUGAAGAUGCAUGUGCCCCAAACUACCUCUCCCCAUUUUCACCCCCUCCAUCCCUGCUGCUGUUAAGCAUAUCACCUAAAAUCAUACCUCAUACCACCAGAGGACAAAGACCAUGCUUUAGACUAGGUUUUCCCACAGCACUUGGUAUGCUACCUGGCAAACAGCAGGCAUUCAAUGAAUAUUUGUGGUUUGAUGAUCAGCAAGGAGCAGCUCUGGGUAAAAGUGUGAAGCCAAGUUUGUCUCAGGUUCUUCUACCUUUGGCUGCUUCAGUCACAGAAAGGGCCGUGGAUUAUGAUCCUUCUCUGAAUUGGGAUAUGUAUUUAACUAAUUACAGACUGCAGAAACAAGUCAAUGUGGCAGCUAACACUUCCAACCGACAAGCGGUGCCAAGGCUCAGCGCCGACCCCGGCCAACCUGGCAGCGCUCGCGGUCGCACUUCGAGUGCAGGCACCUCCCCUCCGCGCGGUCCAGGGAGGGGGCGCGAGCCACCGUUGCCAGUCCCCCGGCGCAGGGCGAGGAGAGGCUGUCGUCCGCUCCCACCCAGACCUGGUCGCCAUCUUCCGGCACGUCCUUUCCCGGGCGGGCUCCAGCCCUCGCUCUCGGCCCUUGUCUCUCCUUGGAAGGGGCUUCCCAACGCGCGCAGCUGCUGGCGCUGCGCUUCGUGGGGGUCGCUGGCUGAGUCCAACGCCCAGGCGGGGCAAGGGGUGGGGCCGGAGCGGCGGCAGCUGCGCGGCGGCGCAGUCUUCCCUCGCUCCUCGGAGCGCGCGCCGCCUCUCGCUCCGCCCGCGCGCGAGCCUGGGCGGGGAGGGAGGGGCCAGGAAGCGGCGAGCGCGCCGGGGAGCGCAGCUGCGGGCGUGGGGGUGGCAGGAGCCGCGGAGCCGGCACCGAGAGCGGCUGCGGCCGGAGCGGGCGGCAGAGACAAAGGCGACGAUUACCUGUUAGAGGCCUUGAGUCAAGACAAGAAUUUUUGUACCUUCCUGGUGGUUCAGAAACAAGUUUCUGUAGAGCCAGAAGCAAAGAAAGAAAGACAGUUUGACUUUCUUCAUUGAAUUAUCUGUAUAAGAUACUUG